UUGUGAUAACUACCGGAGCGUUUAGUGCCAAGCCGAAAAUAUCCCCCUCAAAGGAAGUUUAAAAAUUAAAUAUAAAUACACAAAAUGCAGUCCUCCAGCCUCUGUGUCCUGGCCGUGUGUGCCUUUGUCCUGAUUUCCUCCCUCAGUGCUGCUCCUUUGGAUGACUCGCAACAUGCCACGAUUUUGCGUUAUGACAAUGACAACAUUGGAACUGAUGGCUAUAACUUUGGUUACGAAACCAGUGAUGGCAUCACCCGCCAGGAGCAGGCCGAGCUCAAGAACGCUGGCACCGAACAGGAGGCUCUCAGUGUUCGCGGCUCCGUCAGCUGGGUGGCACCCGAUGGCCAGACCUACACCCUGCACUACAUUGCCGAUGAGAAUGGUUUCCAGCCUCAGGGUGAUCAUCUGCCCCACAACUAAGACCCAAGAGCCCUUAGAGCCCAGUAUUAAUCAGUAUUUGUUCAUUUUGUAAAAUAUAAAUCAA